AUGUGUGGUAUUUUCUUCUCUUUAUCACCAGCACCCACACCGCCGACCCAGGAGACGCGCGUCUUAUUGGACAAUCGAGGUCCCGACUGCUGUCAAACGCAUACCGUAUACAAGGAGAUCCCAACUCCAGAUGGAGGAAUACAAAGUUUCCACUUGACCUUCAUAUCGACGGUGCUGGCCUUGAGGGGAGAUCAUGUCUACUCCCAGCCACUUAUAGAUCCAGCCACCAAGUCAGUGCUUUGCUGGAAUGGAGAGGCCUGGAAGAUCGCGGGGGAGAGGGUCUCGGGAAAUGAUACCGAGCAUAUCUUGAACUUGUUUUUGCGGGCCGUGACUAUCGGUGGUGGUGGUGAUGAUGAUGAUGACGGCAAUAACGCUGCCUAUAGACUGGGACAAGCAGCUGCCAGUAUAUCCGGGCCUUUUGCCUUUGUUUUUUAUGACGCGACGAAUUUACGACUCUUCUUUAGCAGAGACUGCCUCGGCCGAAGAUCUCUCCUACAAGGGUAUGAGGAAGAUGGGAGCUUGAAAAUAUGCAGUGUUUGCGAUGGAUCUUCAUCAACACAUUUCCAGGAAGUAGGAUUUGAUGGAGUCUAUAUGAUUGAUCUUAAAACAUCUCAUGAUUCGUCCGCUACCAAUGGUCGAUACAAUAUUGAGACUUUGCCGUGGAGCUCUGAUUCCUCACCACCAGCAGGCCACAUUAAAACUCCUAUUCCGCCGAUGAACUUGGAGGUCCCAUCGCAGCAGCCACCUGCGUUGACAUUGGAGACACCCUUUGUUCAAGAGCUUGAAUCCAAACUUCGCCAAUCACUCGAAUUGAGAAUCAAUGAUGUUCCAGAGCCACCUGGCUAUAAGCAAGGGCAUAGUGCCAAAAUCGCUGUGCUCUUUUCUGGUGGCCUAGACUGUACACUUCUUGCACGACUUUCCCAUGACAUUCUUCCUCUCGAGGAAACAAUCGACCUUUUAAACGUCGCAUUCGAAAACCCUCGAGUAGCAGCGGCAGCUGCCGCAUCUACAAAUCGGCACAACCUCCCCGCUUCCCAACCCAUCUCAACAUAUGAAGCCUGUCCAGAUCGAAUCACCGGGCGCUCAGCGUAUAAGGAGCUACAACAAACAUGCCCGGGUCGUAAAUGGCGUUUUAUUGCCAUCGAUAUACCUUACACCGAGACCCUUGCACAUCGAGAUCUCGUGAAGCGUCUCAUGAGACCACACAACACAGAGAUGGACUUGUCUAUCGCAUGUGCCUUGUAUUUUGCCUCCAGAGGACAAGGCAUAAUCGAUGACAGUCAUUCUGACAAAAAUUCCCCCAUAAACACCGACACAAAAACCAUUUACACCACUACUGCGCGAGUUCUACUAUCUGGUCUGGGCGCCGACGAACUAUUCGCGGGUUACGGCCGACACGGCGUCGCAUUUAACCGUAAUGGGUUUCCCGGGCUUGUUUCUGAAAUACACUUGGAUGUCAGUCGACUUGGUCAAAGAAAUCUGGGCCGCGACGACCGCAUCCUUUCCCAUUGGGGACGAGAGACCCGCUUUCCCUUCUUGGACGAAGACUUUGUCGCAUGGGUACUUCGCGCACCAGUCUGGGUGAAAUGUGGAUUUGGCCUUGCGAGUACAGUUGAUGAUCAACACACAGGUGGGUCACUAGCAGGUAUUGAUGCGGAGAAAAUGGCUCUGCGGCUUGUUGCACUUCGGCUCGGGCUGCGCAAUGUUUCACGUGAAAAGAAACGCGCCAUUCAGUUUGGUGCUCGCACCGCCAAAAUGGAAAAAGGCCGGACGAAAGGCACCGACGCCCUAGUCUGA